AUGCAUCACCGACUUCUUCUGGAGAGAUCAGCCAUCGCUACCCUCCGAAGCUCCACUCAUACCGGCAGGAGAUCUAUCGUAGGGAAGAGUGUCUUCCGAGGGACCCUCUCACCCAGUGCCGUUUCCAACGCUGGGCCACAAUGCCACACUCGAAUCCUCCCACCUCCUCGACCCUUCUCAUCCACAUUGCAUCUCGCCAAGAAGGGAGGCAAAGCCGCACGUGAAGAGAAGCAAGCUGCUGCUACCUCCUCCAAGUCUUCGAAAGAUGCAGCAUCUGAAGAUCCUUUCGACUUCUCGGGCUUGGAAGCAGAUAUCGCGUCUGCCCUUGAGAGACUGAAGAAUGAUCUAUCGAAACUCAGAGCAGGAGGGCGUUUCAAUCCAGAAGUAGUGGAGAGUUUGCGGGUGCCAUUGGAUAAGAGCAGCAGCAAGACGGUGAAACUCAAUGAUCUGGCACAAGUAAUACCCAAAGGAAGAACGGUGCAAGUACUUGUUGGAGAGACAGAUGUAAGCUGGGGAAGAAACAUUAUCAGAGCAACGCCGCAUUACUGAUACACAUUUGUAGCAUCUUAAGCCAGUGUCCUCCGCGAUACAGUCCUCAUCCCUCUCACUAACGCCGCAACCCGAUCCGACAGGAGCGAAUCCGCUCCUAUUAGUCCUGAACAUUCCACCGCCCACCGCCGAGUCCAGGAAAGCCGUAGUAGCCGAGGCUUCGAAAGCAGGGGAAAAGGCCAGCACCAGCGUAAGAGAUGCAAGAGGGAAACAGCAGAAGAAGCUGCGGGCGCUGCAGCUAAACAAAAGCGCGAGACCAGACGAUUUGAAAAAGGCCAGUACUAUGAUGGAGAAGGUCGUCGAGAAAGGAAGCGCCGAGUUGAAGAAAGUGGUAGACAACGCGAAGAAGGUGUUGGAGAGCGGUUGA